GCCUUUAAAUAGAGGAGACGCAGAGGAGGAGCUUGCUUUCUUUCCUUCGACUUAGACGUCAAAAGGGAGGCAGCUGCCCUUGUGUUGAUUUGAGUUGUUGAUUUCACAAUGCCUGAUCCUGCCAAGUCCGCUCCCGCACCCAAGAAGGGCUCCAAGAAGGCGGUGACAAAGACCCAGAAGAAGGGGGACAAGAAGCGGCGCAAGAGCCGCAAGGAGAGCUACUCCAUCUACGUCUACAAGGUGCUGAAGCAGGUGCACCCUGACACGGGCAUCUCCUCCAAGGCCAUGAGCAUCAUGAACUCCUUCGUCAACGACAUCUUUGAGCGCAUCGCCGGUGAGGCCUCCCGCCUGGCCCACUACAACAAGCGCUCCACCAUCACCUCUCGCGAGAUCCAGACCGCCGUGCGCCUCCUCCUGCCCGGGGAGCUGGCCAAGCACGCCGUCUCCGAGGGCACCAAGGCCGUCACCAAGUACACCAGCUCCAAGUAGAGAAGGGGCUCUGUCUGCUUCCAGGGAUCUCAAAGGCUCUUUUCAGAGCCACACACCUUUUCACAAAAAAGCUUGGCUCACUGAAAAA